AUGGCAAGCCCACCACCGAGCGACGCGAGCGUUCCGACGAGCGACAUGCCGCCGUUCGUGCCCGGGGGGACGGGCUUGAGCGUGGUGAUGAGGAUGGGCGGCGUACGGGAGAGGAUGCCGAGCUCGGAGGCGAGCGUGUCGCCGAGGCAGCACGCAAAGUGGCUGCGCGGCGCGGGCGGUGGUCAGCAGCUGCGCGGAUGGCGCGUGCACGGUGACACGCACCCGAGGGUCACAUACAGGAGCGCGCGGCUCCAGGGCGCGGACGGGGGCGGCGCCAGGGGGCACCACUGGGCGAAGUCGUACGGUGCCUGCGCGGGGAGCGCCAGACUCAGCGGUGUCGCGCGGAGGACGCGUGCGGGGAGCGAGGAAGGCGAGGACGGCGACGGAGAUGUACUGGACACACCUGGCGGCGAGAAGUUCAACGAUCCGUCUGCUACACCUUCCCGUUCUAAACGCACGCGGAGCACGGGAACCAAGGGAGGCGUUAACUUGACCUUGCGGGAUCAGGAAAAGCAUAUCGACAACCUGAAGAAGGAGAACUUCAACAUCAAGCUCAAGGUGCAUUUCCUCGAGGAGCGUCUCGCACAGCUUGCGCCCGACCAGAUUGAUGCGGCGCUCAAGCAUAACAUUGGCCUCAAGAUCGAAGUACAGCAGAAUCGACUGGAGAUAAAGAAAAUGAAGAAGCUGGUGCUCGAAUCGCAGCGCGAGCUGGAGCGCCUGCAGCGCACCGCGGCUACCUCGCAAGCACGCUCGCGGGAGCUCGAGGAGAAGCUCGAGGAACGAGACCGCGAGAUUAGGGAGCUGCGGCGGAGGCGGGCAGUUGGGCCGGACGACGGUCUGAUGCGGGAUAUCGAGGCGCGUAACGCCGAGCUCGAGGAGGAGCUGGAGAACGUGCGCGGGUUGCUGGAGGAGAACGCGGAGGAGCUGGAGAGAUUGCGCGAGCUGGCGGAACAGCGCGCCGACAUGUCGUCAGGCGGGGGCGGGGGAGAGCGGUGGCGGCGGCGAGUGGAGGAGCUCGAGGACGAGAACGAGGACUUGCGGGUGAAGAUGGACGAGCUGGAAGAGUUGGCGACGCGGGGGAACGACGAGAAGGAGGAGCUCGUGGACGCGGUGGAGACGUUGAAGCUCGAGAUUGAGGACCUCCAGCGGAGGCGGCACGCGGAGUCUAUUGAGCGGAGCCAGAGUCGGGCAAUGGUGCUGGAGGAGAGGGAGGAGCGCGAGGCAGUGGAAGAUGACCUGAACGCAGUGAGGGACAAGCUCGCCGCUGCGCAGAUUGAGUUACAACAAAGAGAGGACGAUGUUGAGAUGAAGAACCGCGAGAUCGAGGAGCUCGUCGCGGAGCAUACGCGCAUCGUGGAAGAACUUGACAACGAGUGGAGGGGCGAGGUGGAUGAGACACGAGGACAAGUGGAAGAGCUGAAGGACGUCCUCGAACAACGAGACGUCGAGGCCAAGGAACUUCGAAUGCAUAUCACCGAACUGGAAACGGACACGAAUGAUCUGCACGACAAGUUCGAGACGGCGUUGGCGCAUCUCGAGCGCGAGUCUGAAGAGAAGGACGCCGAGAUCGAGGCCGCCAACCGGGAGAUAGAGAAGCUGGGCGAGCAGGUGUACGCUCUUGAAGAGGACAACGAACGCCUGCGCGAGGCAAGCGAACGACUUCGGGAGGAUGAAGCUGCCGAGCGAGAACGCCUCGAAGCAUUGACAGCUGCACUUAAGGAGGAGCUCGCACAGCACGUUGAAACGCUCGUUGAGGAGAUUCAGCGAGAACGUGCUAGCAGCGAACGCUUCCAGACCGAGCUUGACAAGGCCGAGCAAGAACACGAUGCUGCACUCAGGCGCGAGCAUCGAUCACUUGAAGCAAAGGAGUCCGCGCUGCAAUCUGCCCUGAAUGACCUCGCACGCACACAGUCGCGGCUUACCCAGCGCGAAUCGGACCUCAAUGCGGUGCAGAGCGCCCUCGAAGCCCUCGAAGCUGAGUCGAAGAAGCGCGGCGAGUCACAUACGACAGCCCGCUUCUCGCUACAGCUAGAAGUUGAUCGCAUGAAGCGUGACUUAGAGCGGCUGGAGGACGAGCUCGCGCGUGCUCGCAAGGAGCUGGAUGAUCGCGAGGGCAAGAAUCGCGAGCGCGAUGGUGCGAUCGACAGUUUGCAUGCCUCGAACCGCGACCUAGCAGCGCAGCUCGCGGCACAGACGCAGGCGCGGUUGAACGUCACCGAGAAGUUGGACGACGCGCAGACGCAGCUGAAGGCGGCAGAGGCGGAUGUCACGAGCUUCCGGGCGAAGGUGGCGGAGCUGGAGCAGCGACUCGCGAAGGACCAGCGUUCAUUGCUCUCAGCAGAGUCGCAGUAUCGCGACCAGCUGACAGAGCGGAAUACCCUACUGCUCACAAUAUACCAAUACAUGGACAGGAUCCUUGGCGUAGAAAAUACCCCGAAGAAGAAUGGUCAGGCGGAGACCAAGCCUUUCACCAACUUCAGCGUGUUCCAUGACAACCUCAUCACGCGACUCAAAUCACUCAGCGAGAUCCAGGGGAUGUUUGAGAAGCGCGUGAAGUCCGCUGAGGCGCGCUAUGCCGACAGGCUGAACGACAUGAGGAAACAGCUUGACACAAGGUGGCGCCAGAUCGACCGCUUUGAGACAAGCCUGAAGGGCGCUGCUGAGCAGAAGGCCAUUUGGCGCAAGAAGCUGAGCGCGAGAGAGGGCGAAGUCGAGGCCCUGAAGGCAACAACUACUGAGUUGCAGGCGCAGCUAGUCUCAAUCCGCAAGCCGGGCAGCGCGGACUCGAUGGAGGUCCGCGCGCUCACCGCUCGCGCGACCAAUGCGGAACGUCGCUUGACGAACCUACAGAACCAGCUGCUCGCGUCAGAGGAGAAGGUCGCUACAAUGAACCAGAAGACGACCGUCGCGGACAAUAAGUGGGAGGCUCGCGUUCGAGAGUAUGAGUCGCGCCUGCGCAAGGCGGAGGAGGCGGUGAAGCGCGAGCGUCAGGGUGCGAAGGAGCGUGUCUUCGAGCUGGAGGCGCAGUUGAAGAGCCUCCAGCGGCAGCUCGAGCUCGAGAACAAGCGCAACCAGAAACUUGGCGAGCUCACGGAAGCGAACGGGUUAGGCCGCAAGAGCAACUCGUCCCCUUCAAAUUCGUCUCCUGUACGAUGAACCUACUGGCUGGCCCAGUCAUCGUUUUCAUGCCUCAUGAUGUCCUCAUUGGCUAUGCCGUAUUUUAUGACUUCGCAUGUGCUCUUUUAUGCUCUCCCUGUCAGCUCCUGGGUCAAGUUUCUCAUCAUUCAUUCACUCAUUGUACAGUGUUCAUACAGCAUUCAGUUCCAAGGCUACAAUCAUGUUCGUGAUGUAUCACUAAUGACACAUGUGCAUGCUUCUUUUUUCUUC